CUUCACAGUCAAACAUAUGAUAAUAACUUCCAACCUAAAAAUAUUGAUACUGCACCUACUGUACGGAAAAAUACUAAGUGAAAUAAUGAUUGUCCAGUAAAAUUCCGGUGAUAUAUUUGCAAGGUGAAGAUGUUUUCCAGGAGUUUUCUGUGGAGGUCCAUUGGUACUUUCGGUAAUUCGAGGGUCAAUUACAGUGGCAAGCCCAAAGAACUCGUAUUUUUUAUUGAUAACAUGGCAAUUUGCUGGCACCCGGAGCCAAAAUUCCCUUAUGAAUGUUCCAAGCCUCUGCCUGAGAUCGAAAAACCUCCGGAAUCAGUACUAAAAAUUUCUGAAGAAGAGUCUUACAAGGUGUGGAGCCCACAGAAAAAAGUUCAGGUUAUUGCUGAGGAGAUGGCAAGGAAAACUCACACCACAAAACACAUCUGGUUUCCGAGGGCGAGAGAUAAAAGGGCGAAGAAAACCCAGCCUGACAGGCCUUAUUUAUAAACUCAUAUGAACAUUGGUAUUUCAGAUAUUUAUUAAGAUCACCAAGCAAUUGUUUACAAGUUGUUGUGAAAUAAAUAAACACUGGUAAGAUUAA